UUGAUGCCUUUAAUCUUCUAGCCGCUGCUGUCACCACCACCGACCCAGCCACCUGCACCGCCCCGGAGACGUGCUACAACGACGGAACGACUGACGCUUGCUACACGGCGCCCACCACCACCAUGGCCACCACCGCCGGAUCGACUGUGGCCACCGGAAGCACCGCCGCGACUGGCUCGACCACCGCUUCUGGCAACUAUUCCGGAACCUGCGUUGACUCCAACACCAACUGCGCCACCUGGGUGAAGAAUGGGUUCUGCACGAGCACCGCCUACACCACCGAGCAAAAAGGAUCGUACUGCGCCAAGUCGUGCAACCUGCAGCCGGCCUGCGCUGGAGGCGGCGGUGGUGUCGUCACCGGAUGUGUCGACAGCAGCGCAAACUGCCCCAUCUGGGCGAGGAACGGCUUCUGCACGAGCUCCUUCUACGCCAGCCAGUUGUCGACGUGCCAGAAGACGUGCAAUCUUUGC